AUGGCGGCAAUUAAAGAAAUCAAAUUGGAAAUGGAGUCACUCCGUACAGAAAUGAAGGGUUCAAAGCCCAGUGAUGAGUCAAGACAAAGAAAUCGAAGAGUGCCAAGAAAGUCAUUAUGUACUUCAUGUCAAGAAACCGGACAGAGUAGCUGCUCACACUGCUUUAUUUGUGGUGCCGACAACCACUUUGCAGCUGGCUGUCGCAAGAGAUCUACUAAAUCAUCUUUAAAUGGACAGAGGCUACUGAAGGGGGACCGCCAGUGUAGUUAUUGUAACAAGAAUAUAAAUGUAUCGGACGAACUUAAACGUUGCUCAGACUGCAAAAUCGCUUUCUACUGUUCAAGAAAGUGCCAAAAAGAACAGUGGCCUAUGCAUAAACAUUUGUGUGUUACUUUGAAGAAAAUGGCGGAAGAGAAACAGAAUCAGAGCCAACAGAAAGUUGACCAAGCAACAUGGGUUAGUCAUUUAACUCCAAAACAAUUGGGAAAAAUGGCAAACCUUGUUGGGGAAAAGUGUUUGGUGAACUGUUUCUUAAAUGGCCGUCAACUUGAGGUUUUGUGGGACACAGGGGCUCAAGUGUCGAUAAUGACAAAUGAUUUCUUAAAUGCAAAGUUCCCUGGUGUCAAGAAACGAGAUAUAAGUGAGCUUCUGGACAGUCCCUUGGAAAUAAAUGCUGCUAAUGGAACAGCAAUCCCGUACACUGGAUGGGCUGAGUUAGAGUUUAGAUUACUAUCUUCUGGUAAAGAAGAGACCAUAGUAAUGGUACCAUUUCUGAUUACAUCAGAGGAGUUGAACUACCCAAUAGUAGGAUACAAUGUCAUCAAAGAAAUUGUAAAAUGUGAUUGUGUGACUGUGUCCUGA